AUGCACAACCCGCUGAACGAUAUGCCGCCUUCGUUCUAUGCUGUGAUUGUCCUCGCCAUUGGAGCCAUCGUCUGGAAGACUUGCAAGGCUUUGACCAACCCGCUUGCCCAUCUUCCAGGACCUGCAAUCUCGAAAUGGACUAACCGUCGCUUUCAACUUGCUGUCAUGACUGGAGAGAGGACAAGGUACGAGCAUGCACUGCAUGAACGCUAUGGGCCUGUCGUACGUAUCUCGCCUUACGAAGUGUCACUCGCUUCCAGCUCUGCGGCGAAGAUGAUCUACCAGAUCGGCAGUCCGUUCCUCAAGACACCGUGGUACAACAUCGCCGUCGGUGAUGAAUCUGGCCUCUUCACCCUAUUAGAUUCCAAGGCCUAUGCGCGGCAUCGAAGGUUGUUGGCGCACAACUACUCAGAAAAUUGGAUCAAGAACAUGGAGCCAUACAUUGCCGCCAAGACUCGAACCGCAGUAUCGAAAAUGGCCGCAACAGUCGAUCGAAAAGGCUACGUCAAUGUCAACGAGUGGUUCUGGUUCAUGUCAACCGAUGUGAUAUCGGAAGCAGCGUUUGGCGAGAGCUUUGAUCUGCUAAAGAUCGGGGGGAAGAACAAGUACAUCCAUGAUCUGGAGAUAGACGGCUUGCGUAGCAUCCUUCGGGCGGAAUUCCCUUUUCUUGGAAAGAUUGCUGCGUACAUGCUGUUGGGAAAUUCUGAAGAUGUCGAGCAAGGCAAGAUGCGGAUGCAGAGCUAUACUGAAGGUCGGCUGGCAGCGUACUGGAAAGCCUAUGAAGCGGAUCCGGAGAACGUCAAGCCGACACUUUUGACCAAGGCAUAUGCAGCCCUUCAGGAUGGUUCGAUUUCGCAUCGCAGUAUGGAAGCAGAUGCGCGGACGAACAUCGUUGCCGGAACAGAUACGACCGCUUCAACCGCCACCUUCGCAGUCUGGUACUUGUCCAAGCAUCCUGAGAUAGAGCAAGCCUUGAUUGGCGAAGUAUCCGCUCUCCCAGAAACCUUCGACGACGAACAACUCAGAACAUUACCCUUGCUAGACAAAGUCAUCAAAGAGACCCUUCGAAUCCGCCCAUCAGUCGGACAAGGCCUCCCUCGCGCCGUGCCAGCCGGCGGCGCCACGAUCGAAGGCCACUACAUCCCGGAAGGAACCACAGUCGCCAUCCCAGCAUACACGAUGCACCGACUCAGAUCUGUGUGGCACGAUCCGGAGAAGUUCGAUCCAUCGCGGUGGGAUCAUGUGACCAAAGACAUGAAGGAUAGUUUUGUGCCGUUUGGAGGAGGGAGUAGAGUGUGUAUUGGCCAGCACUUUUCACAGCUUGAGUUGCGACAUGCCCUGGCCAACUUUUAUCGAACGUUCAAUUCGGGUAUGGUGGCGCCGAAGGCGGAGGGGUUCGGUGAGGAUGAUAUGACGCCGAUGUCGUUUUUUGUGACGGCGCUGAAGGGGAAGAGGUGUCUGUUGCAGAGAAGGGCGAAGCAGUGA